AUAAGCCACUGCCCACUGCGCUCGCAGAUGCUCGACGCAACAAGUCAGCCAGCAGACAUUCCAUGUGCUCAGUGCUCCUCUGCCUUCGUUUUGACAACUCCGACAACCGCUUCUCCUCUUCCAGUCUUGUCUACCUUUCCCCACGGACUUCUUUACUAUCGAAGACGAUGAUGUGGACAUUCGGCCGAAUUUUGUCUUCUGUGAGUGCGCCGUGGAAAUGAUAUACUCGACAGCAUAGCUACCCGCAGCUUCCGCCACGGCUGAUGAUGAUGAUGACGAUGAUGAUGGACCAACAGGAGCAGAGUGAGGACAUCAGUGUCCUGAGCCCGCUGGAGUUGCUGACCGAGGCCGCCAAGGAGGACGAUGGGCACUGCCAACCACAGUUCAGGCUGCAACUGAUUGAUGACCUGACGUAUGAAGAUGUCAAGAAAUGCUACAGGGGCUCGACCGUCAGCAAGUACAACUCCCAGUACCACAAGCUGUUCCAGAGCGUCCCCAAGGAGGAGAUCCUUAUGAAAGUGUAUUCCUGCGCUCUCCUCCGAGACAUCCUACUUCAGGGCCGCCUCUACAUCUCCCGCAACUGGCUGUGUUUCUAUGCCAACCUCUUUGGGAAGGACAUCAAGGUGGCCAUUCCAGUGGUGUCAUUACGGCUGGUGAAGAAGCACAGGACGGCAGGCCUGGUACCCAACGGGUUGGCCAUCACCGUGGACACCAGCCAGAAGUAUGUGUUUGUGUCCUUGCUGUCUCGAGACAGUGUCUACGACAUCCUCCGGAGGAUCUGCACACACCUUCAGGUGAAUGGGAAGAAAAGCCUUAGCCUGAAGCAGUACUUGGAGGAGCCUAGCUCACUAUCUAUGGAUGAGUUCCCCGUGGUCAAUGACUUCCCUCCGGUGUUGAAGUGGAGGAGGAAGCCGUCCAUUCCGUCCGUGUCCUCGUCUCUCCCGGAUCUCCUUGGUAACUCCACCAGCAGUCGGCGUGCAGUGGACAUCCCCUACCUACCUACGGAGGUUCCACUGACAUUAAAGGAGCGGAGUCUGGAGACAGGGAAGAUCCUCCUGACAGAGCCAGUACCAGAACUGGGCCACAUGGAGUACCAACUGCUCAAGUUCUUCAUCCUGCUUAUCGUCCUGCUCGUCAUGUCCUCCUGCUACCUGGCCUUCCGUGUGUGUUGUCUAGAGCAGCAGCUGUCCUUCCUCAACACACAUCCCACAAUGCCCAUGAGAGAGAGGUAACACUUGCUGCAUGCUGCAUCAACAUUGGACAGAUGGUCUGUCAGUCACGGAGGUUCUCCUGGCAAUUGGGCAAACAGAGACUCUGUUUGUUUACCUGUUCACUCUGUCCCACCCUGUAGGUGUGGAGAAGUGCCCUGCUGGUUCAAUGAAAAGACAAUGACUUGAGAAAAUCCAAGACCUGAAGCCAAAACUGCAGUUAAAUAGACCGUCCAAUAGGGGGUGCCAGAGAGACAAGAAUCCUCUUGUCGUUCCCUAGAAAGACUAUGGACUGCAGACAAAAGACUGGAAUGGAUGGAGGAGGAUUGGAAGUAGAUGACUACAGAGUAGGUGUCAAUGGGACAGAGCCAACGGAGUUCAGCUGACCUUUGACCUCAAUGUCCUUGUUUUACUCGGAUUCUGACAAGGAAUUUUACAAUACCAGUCAACUGAUCAGACACUUCUGUAUCCAGGAUUUUAGAGACAGAGCCUGUUGUCAGACACACGGAGCCUGUUGUCAGACACACGGAGCCUGUUGUCAGACACACGGAGCCUGUUGUCAGACACACGGAGCCUGUUGUCAGACACACAGAGCCUGUUGUCAGACACACGGAGCCUGUUGUCAGACACACGGAGCCUGUUGUCAGACACACGGAGCCUGUUGUCAGACACACGGUGCCUGUUGUCAGACACACGGUGCCUGUUGUCAGACACACGGUGCCUGUUGUCAGACACACGGUGCCUGUUGUCAGACACACGGUGCCUGUUGUCAGACACACGGAGCCCUGUUGUCAGACACACGGAGCCUGUUGUCAGACACACGGAGCCUGUUGUCAGACACACGGUGCCUGUUGUCAGACACACGGAGCCUGUUGUCAGACACACGGAGCCUGUUGUCAGACACACGGAGCCUGUUGUCAGACACACAGAGCCUGUUGUCAGACACACAGAGCCUGUUGUCAGACACACAGAGCCUGUUGUCAGACACACAGGGCCUUUUUCAACAGGAAUAGACUGCACCCAGUAGGAGAGUUGCUACGAGAGAGACUGAAUAAAGAUUGAAUAUAAGAAGGCAGUCCGAUCAGGAACUCAACCUGACCUGGUCAACCAUUUCCAACCGUAGCCCACAUUGCAAUGUUUACUGUGCAUGGUCACCGAGACAUAACCGUUCCUGUAAUACUAAGGAAAAAUAGAAACUAUUUCAAUGGACACUAUUAUCAGAGGUUUAACAUUUCUGUCAGAAUUUGAAGAUGCUGUGCUCGAGUCUUGUCAUGCCAACUGAAAACAUGCUACUGUGUGUGUCAGGUGAGGUUGUGAAAGUGUGUGUGUGUGUAUGUGUGUGCGUGCGUGUUGUAUGUGUGUGUGUUUGAGUGUAUUAACCAUUGUUUGUGUGACUUAACAAGUGGCUAGGACUGUCUCAAGGUAGUCGGUAGCUUCUCCAUGUCAUGUAAUAAUAGAUAUUGACAGAAUUGUAAAGCCAUUGUCUGUGAAUCUGUGUUGGAUGGAGUGGAACUUUGGACGUGAACGGAGAGAAAGUGGUGAAAGUAUUGAGAGAGGAGAGAAAGACAGAGAGAGAGACAGAGAGGAGAGAAAGACAGAGACAGAGAGAGAGACAGAGAGGAGAGAGAGACAGAGAGGAGAGAAAGACAGAGACAGAGAGAGAGACAG